AUGCUGCUGCAUCCACCGGGACCCCUUGGGGACUGCAGGUCGUCGUAUCCAACGAGUAAACUCGCCGCUGUCCUCGUGCUACUCUUCGAACGCGCGGGGGAGCUCCGUGUACUCCUCACCACCCGGAGCAAGUCCCUCCGCGCACAUCCCGGCCAGACCGCCCUGCCCGGGGGUAAAGUCGACGAGACAGACGUCGACAUAGUGGCUACUGCUUACCGCGAAGCCCACGAAGAAGUCGGAUUGCCGCUGAACUGCCCGCAUGUGUAUACCCUGUGUCUGCUGCGCCCCUUCUUGUCGUCGUCGAAGCUCUUUGUCACACCUGUGGUCGCUUUCUUGGGUGAUGUCUCUGUUCUCGGCGGUCUGACGGCCAACGCGGAGGAAGUCGACUGCAUCUUUGACCAUCCCCUGGAGGCUCUCCUGGACCCCAUCAUAGCGAGGAAAGAACCAUUGGUGCCUAUCGGGAGCGAGCAUUGGCCAUACGAGGUCGAACUUCACAGCACCACGGACACCGUACUAAGCUGGCUCAAUGGUGCUACGUACCGUAUGCACCGCUUCCGCAGUUCAGCGUCUCCAAUAAAGGGUUUGACAUCAGAGAUACUAACUACCACCGCCGAGAUUGCGUACGCUCGAACACCGACAUACGAACGCUUUGCACCUGGGCAGAUCAAAGAAUUCUCGAUCUUGUAUCGCGUCCUCCAAGAUUCUGGCUUGAACCAGGUGGUGAUGGUGUCCAGCGCCCCUACAUCCGGGACCGUGACCCCUGUGUAA